AGUCGUUUGGUAGCGCCUUACCGCGGCGUUAAAAGCCCAGGUCGGCGGCUGCACGGUUGACUCCCUAAACCGCCUGGUCGCGGUCGCACAGCUUUGGUUUGCGAUGUCUUGUCGUGGUGGUGUUUAGGCCUUGUAGAGGUGUCGUCUGCGACAGGUAGCUGAUGUGUAAUCUAUGGGAAGAUGGUGUGUGCUCGCCAGUUGAUGCUCGGCUGGGUCCGGCUGUGUGUGUUGGUGGUGAGCGCCGACUGCAGGAGUUUCAAGUGUUGGGGUGGAGAUGUGUGCUCGGACCGUCCGCCCGUGGUGCUGAUUCCAGGAGAUCUUGGGAACCAGCUGGAGGCCAAGCUUGACAAGCCCAGUGUCGUGCACUACAUCUGCUACAAGAGAACGGAUGAGUACUUCACGCUGUGGCUCAACCUGGAGCUGCUGGUGCCCGUGGCCAUUGACUGCUGGGUCGAUAACAUGAGGCUGAUAUACAAUCGCACCACUCAUGGGUCAGAGGCUCCCCCAGGUGUGGACAUCAGAGUGCCCGGCUUCGGCAAGACGUUCGGCCUGGAAUACCUGGACCCGAGCAAACACAGUGUGGGCAUGUACUUCUUCACCAUCGUGCAGGCGCUGGUGGACUGGGGUUACACCCGAGAUGAAGAUGUCCGCGGUGCACCCUAUGACUGGAGAAAGGCCCCAAACGAGAACAAGGAGUACUUCCUGCAGCUGCAGCUGAUGAUUGAGGAAAUGGCAAACAAAUAUGGGGGCCCGGUGGUCCUCAUAGCUCACAGCAUGGGCAACAUGUACACGCUCUACUUCCUUAACCAGCAGCCCCAGGCCUGGAAGGACAAAUACAUCAAAGCCUUCGUGUCCCUGGGCCCCCCGUGGGCAGGCGUGGCCAAGACGCUGAGAGUCAUGGCGAGCGGUGAUAAUAAUCGUAUUCCAGUCAUCAGCUCUCUGAAGAUCCGUGCCCAACAGCGCACUGCUGUGUCCACCCCCUGGCUGUUCCCGUACGCCCACACCUGGCCCGCCGAAUUGGUCCUAGUGUCCACCGCCACCACCAACUACACGGUCCGCGACUAUGAGCGCUUCUUCAGGGACAUCGGCUUUGAGGACGGCUGGUACAUGCGGCAGGACACGGAGGCGCUGGUGAGCAGGCUGGUGGCGCCGGGUGUGCCCGUCCACUGCCUUUACGGCACGGGCCUUCUCACGGCGCGGGGCUACCACUACGAGGCGUUCCCGGACGCAGAGCCCAGCAAGGUGAUGUUCGACGACGGUGAUGGCACCGUCAACGUGCGGAGCGCCUUGCAGUGCAAACGCUGGAGCGAUCAGCAGCGUCAGCCCGUGAGACUCGUCGAGCUUCCCGGCAACGAACACGUGGCCAUGCUCCUGAACGUCACCACCGUCACCUACAUAAAGUCCGUUCUCUUCUCGCCCUGAUGCAGACCGUUAGCCGCACAGCCAGCGUCUGGUGCAGACUUCCCCUUUAAUUAGAAGACGUGAUCAGGGAUCAUUUUCACUUUCCUGACAUAAAUGGCAACAGUUCUGCUUUGUUGGACAGUUUUCCACCUGAAGGCCGAUCACUUCUGCCUUGGUGGCUUUUUUGACAUGCUGCUGCAUCUGGCGUUCAUGUCCUGUGAUUGAGAUGUGUCUGUCUGGUAGUAAACGGACAGCUUGGUCCUUGUCAUCUGGAAAAACGAAAGAAGAUUUGUUUUACUUAAGAAAUGAGAAUUCAUCUACAUACUCGUGCAGAGGCAGAAACUGAGGGUAAUUUUCUAUUUGGGGUUUUGGACAUCCUACGUUUUAAGUUAGAGAUGUAUUGAUAUUUGCUACAAAUUCUAAGCCAAAUGUUCAGCCAAUAUCUGUGCCAUGUUGAAGUUGAACAGAUUAUAAGGUGCCUCUGGAUUUUGGGGAGAUGAUGGAACAUUAUGUGGAUCAUCACAUACAUUUUUAAUUGUCACCUAAAAUAUUAUUUUUGGAACCAGUGUGCUAAAUUAGAUGUUUUAAUUUUGAAGGAUCGACGUUCCUACCUUUGUGUUCCCACUGUCGGAUGCCUGGCUGAACACGGUCAGGUUUUCAGACAGAUUAAAAGACUAAUGUUAAAUUUUAGAACUCCUUGGGCUUGAUGUGCAGUAAAACAAAGAGAGAUUACUUGGAUGAACUGGAUAGGGGUCCUUAUGACACUGCCAAUGGAAUCUUUCAGUUUCCCAAAUAUAAUCAAUAAAUGUCCAGAAAUGUGAAGUCUCUCAGCAGAGCAACACUUUCCUCUGUGACUGGUUAUGAAGCUGGACAGCGUUCGAGCCAUUUUUGCUGUCCUGGCCAAGGGAGAUGGGUCCCACUCAUGCUGCUCUCAGCUUAUGCAACUUCUGUACAGAUCCCACAGAUGCCUUAUUAGUAUAAUAACGAAAACAAAAACUUUAAACUGCCAUCAAGUUGGACUUUAAGCACAACCAAAUAAAUGAAUUUAGCCUUAGAAUUCUAUUAUGAGAUUUCUGCAUCUUUUUCUUGGCUUCUGUUACAGUGCAACUGUGCUUCACUGCAUGUCUCCUACCGAGACCUGGAACACUGGUUUAAUGUCGGUUCCACGCCAGAUAACCUGUAACUCGCCAAAAAGGUGAAGUUGUCUUAGACUGGAGGACCCUGCGAUGAGACGGUCGCCCCCUGAAGAGACCCAUAUACACUGGGCUUAACCUGUGUCUUAACCCAUGUUGCUUUGCUGAUGUAGCAAGCUCUGCAGGACAAACAGCUUGCCUGAUUUAAAGGUACAUUAAGGAAUUUAUUUUUGCUCGUUUUGUUUCCUUGUUGGCUGACGAGAGGGCUUUAAUGGCUAUGAGGCACACGGUGUGCAAGUUUGCUCAGUUGUACCCAUCGGCUGCAGAAAAGAUCGAUUUCCCCAGGUCUGUGACUAAUGCCUCACUGCUUUUAAGAAUUCAUUUUAAUUGUAAAAUUUUGUAAAAUUUUAAGAGAAAUGUUUAUUUUGCCCACCUUUUAAAAAAUCUUCAGGAGUGCUAAAUAAAUGACCAUACAUGUAGGAACCUAGAUUAUGAUGUUACUUAAGAUUAACCAAUCCUGUCUUGUCUUUUGUAAACACAGUCCUAACUGGUUUUGCUGAAAUCCUGGGUUCCUGUUUUAACACACCAAGGCUUUGUCCUGACCUAUUUGAGGAAGUAAGCGAUAACUUGCUAAUUGGGCUGAGUAACAUUACAGGUUGUCCUGUAAAACAUAAGAUUUUCAUCAAAUGUAUGCAUUUCAAAAUAGCUAGCAGCACUUUAACUGGAAAUGACCGUACUAAAACUCAAAACACAAAAAUGGCUCAUAUGACUGUGUUAAGAUAUGAAUGUGGUCCGAACUAGAAUUGAAACUUUGAGGCAUUGGUGUUUCAAAAAAUCUUGAAACGUUGUAGAGAUGUAGAUAAAAGGCAUGAACGCCUGAAAGCAAUGACACUUUAAAAGCCCACCAUCAACCACCCUAAUCAUGCUUUUAAUUGUUUGUUUUGAAAGUCUUCUAAUUUGCAUGCACCUAUUUCUUACUUUGAAAAGUCUUUAUUUAAGAUGAUGUUUGUUUGUUUCUGGCAAGAGCCUUUUAUGUAGAAAAGGGGGGGGGGGGUUCGCGGUGCACAGGUUAUGUCCAGUAGGUGGCGCUUUUGAGCAGGGCGCGACCAUUUCCUAGUCAUUUCAUCCAUUUACGUGUUUAUUCUCUAAAUUAUGUUGGAUGAGGAGUCAGUACUGUGCUUAUUUACGUUUUGAAAAAAUAAACUUAAUAUGAAGCUUUCUUGUGACAGCAGUAAAAGUGGGACAGAAAAAAAUAUUGAUUGUGAAUAUGUAUGCGUUCAGUAUUUACUGUAUGUUGUGCAUACAAGAACACAACUUUCAGACUCCCAUUUGUGAUGUAGCACUGGUUUUCCACUAAGGGAUAAAAACCCACUUAAGACAA